AUGGGCUCAAGUCGGCUAGAUCGAUUAGUCACCCUUCUAGAGACAGGGAGCACACAGGUCAUCAGAAACACAGCGGCCCAACAGCUAGCAGACGUGCAGAAGCAGCAUCCAGAUGAGCUGUUCAACCUGCUAGGACGUAUACUUCCGUAUCUACGGUCUAAGUCAUGGGAUACCCGGACGGCUGCCGCUAAGGCGAUUGGCGGUAUAGUCUCCUUUGCAGAGAAGCUGGACCCUAAUGCAGAUGACGAUAAUACCACUACUACCAAGGCCGAGGUCAAAGAAGAGACUGAGAAGGAGAAAGAAGGAGCAUCUGAAGAACUGCUUGAUCUCGAGACCCUGGACAUAGUCUCGGUUCUUAAGCAUGGACACAAGCUGCUCGGGAGUGGUGGUAAGGAGUAUGAAUAUGCUGUUGCUGGGUUAGAUCCUAUUUCUAGGCUACAGCAGCAAAAAAAGACACUAAAAGGACGAUUGGGCCUUGCUGGCGAUUACCCCCAAGAGGAUCUCAUCCAUGACACUGAAAUGUCCAAUGGCACUCCACAUAGGAAGCCAAGCCAAAUACAGAUGCCCCCGCCACUACUUGACACCUCUGUUGGUGGCCUUGCUCGUUCACAACAUCCAUUUAACCGCGACUCGCCGCUAGAGGAGGCUCCUCCCUCUGCCAAUGGUGAUGAUCACGGUCUAAGCAAACGACAGCUUAACCAGUUGAAACGGAAGAACAAACAGACCGCCAAACUUGGUGCCAACAAGAUCCGUAUCGUUGAUCUAGCUGUUCGAAAGGGUUCUGAUGCUGGGUCUACACCCAUAGAAGUAUAUACUCCUCACCCAGUGAAGAAGGAAAAUGGCGAUGAAGAUAAUGACGCCAAGGACGAUUACUUCUCCAUCAAGAAAGAAGGUCCAGACGAUGAUUCAAAACUCGUAAAGGAGUUUAAGGGAACCGUUGUUCCCGAAAAGCCGUUCAUUCAGAGCAGCUCCUCAGAUGGACAAGACCUUGAAUGGCCGUACGAGCGGAUGUGUGAGAUCUUGAUGGUGGAUCUAUUUGACCAGAAUUGGGACAUUCGCCACGGAGCUGCUAUGGGCCUGAGAGAAGUUAUUCGUGUCCAGGGACCUGGUGCUGGAAGGCAAUACGGUAAGACACGAGUCGAAAAUGAUGCGUUAAACCAUCGUUGGCUAGGUGACCUUGCCUGCCGUCUACUCUGCGUCUUCAUGCUGGACAGAUUUGGUGAUUACAUUUCGGAUAAUGUUGUAGCGCCAAUUCGAGAGACCGUCGGACAGACGAUGGGCGCUCUCUUGUCUCACCUGCCCGAUUCAUCCGUCACCCAGGUGUAUCAUAUUCUUCAUAGGAUGGUAAUGCAGAACGAUCUGGAUCUCGACAAGCCCAUCUGGGAAGUCUGCCAUGGCGGUAUGAUCGGCCUAAAGUACCUUGUCGCCGUUCGCACUGAUAUUUUAAUGAAGCAAUCCACCGUGCUAGACGGAGUGAUUGAGGCCGUAAUGAGGGGACUGGAUAAUUACGACGAUGAUGUCCGCGCUGUUAGCGCAGCGACUUUGAUACCCAUUGCAGACGAUUUUGUUAAGCUUCGUGGCGGCUCUUUAGGCGCACUGAUAGAAGUUGUGUGGAACUGUCUAUCAAACUUACAAGACGAUCUUAGCGCCAGUACGGGGUCGGUAAUGGAUCUCCUUGCGAAGCUUUGCACGUUCCCUCAAGUUCUUGAGGCCAUGAAAGAGAAUGCCGUACACGACUCCAACUCCUCCUUUGGAAACUUAGUCCCUAGACUAUUUCCAUUCUUGCGUCACACUAUCUCUAGCGUGCGGUCGGCGGUACUGAGAGCAUUACUAACAUUCCUUGAACUGGAUAAAGAUGGUCAAAACACCUGGGUUGAUGGCAAGUCUCUUCGAUUAAUAUUCCAGAAUUUGCUCGUCGAACGCAAUGAGGCGGUACUCAAACUGUCACUACAAGUAUGGUGCGAGAUGCUUAAGGUAGCCGAAAACCAUAGAUUGAUGAACGGCGAUCAACUAGUUGGAUCCUUACAGCCUCUUAUAACGGCCACCAUGAAUCCGUUUGGUGUUCCACGAUACCCAAUUCCGAUGGAUGCUUGCUUGUUCAUCCGACCUUCUGGUUUACCUUAUACUUCCGCCCCUGCAGGCCCUCGACGUCAAUCACCAAAUAGCCAAGUUGAUCCCCAGCCCCCUGGUCGUGGCCGACGACGCAAAGCUGAAAAACAAGAACCACCACCAAUCAACUCACACAACGUCGAUGGCCACAUGCUGCAAGGAGACAUUGAUCUGGUCGGUUUAGAUACAAUGAUCAGAUCGAAGAUAUACGCCGCUUCUGCUCUCGGCCGUUUCUUGCAUAUAUGGCAAGCCAUGAACGGUUCGGAUUUAUGGCAAGGUAUAUUGCCUUGCCUACACUGGCCUGGUUCCUCAUCUCAAUUGGCUGCAGCCAUGGUGAUAGAAGAAUACGCAAAGAAUCGUGAUCCAAAACUGCCAUGCCCACCCGUUCUGUCCGAAUGGCUAAACCCUUUACUCGAAAACGAUCGACCAUUAUGGUAUAGUGACAUUGCUUGUUAUUUGCAAAUCUCUAGAUCGCAAUGCCAUUCCCUCCUCAAUACCUUCCGAGAUCAUGCGCAUGUAUCGCCUUCCAAGCUACCUACUCUAGCCGUUGUUGUCCAGGGAGAGCCAGAAGCAGGACCCAACGCCUUUUCGAUUCGAGACGCUGAAAAAGUUCUAGGGCCCGACUUUGAACGCCUUAAAAGAGAACUAACUCCCACUCAGAGGCUUACUGCAUUGCAAGUACUUAAUGACUCUCGCCAAACUGCCCAAGCUACGGUUGAAGAGGCAAAGGAAAUUAAGGAACAACGAGACAUGCGCAUCAGAGCAGUAAUUGCUAGCUCGCUUGUUUCCCUACAGAACAUCCCCAAGAAGCCAAGCUACCUUAUCAAGGCCAUGAUGGAUAGCAUUAAAAAGGAAGAAAAUGCAGAACUACAGAGGAGAUCAGCUAGUGCCAUUUCAUCGUUAGUAGAGUAUUAUACCAGUGCCGCUAAGCGUGGUCCCGUCGAUAAGAUCAUUGGCAAUCUCGUCAAAUUCUGUUGCGUCGACACUACAGAGACCCCAGAGUUCCAUCAUAAUGCCCAUCUGGAAAAGGCUGUACUGUCCUUGCGCAAGGAAGAGGAUAAGAGAGACCCGGUGGAUACUGUUAAGUUCGAAAAGGAAUCGAAAGAAGCUAGAGUUAUGCGUCGUGGUGCUAAGGAGGCACUGGAGCAGUUGGCUGGGAAGUUUGGAGCUCAGCUGUUUGAUAAAGUUCCAAACAUAGCCAGCUUGAUACAAAACCCUGUUCGAGAAACAUUAGCCGGCGAUUUACCUGUCAAUAUCAGAGAUCCAUCAAGCACGCUCGGCCAGGAAACUGUUGACGGCCUUUCAACUCUCCGAGCUUUGGUUCCUAAGUUCGAUCCUGGACUAUACCCUUGGAUCAUCGAACUUAUGCCCAUCAUCGCAAAAUCUCUACAGAGCGAACUUUCCGUUAUCCGGUAUGCUGCUGCUAAGUGCUUUGCUACUCUCUGCAGCGUUAUCCCUGUUGAUGGUAUGACAAUGCUUGUCGAGAAGGUAUUGCCUACAAUCAACAAUGCGCUGGACGUCCACCAUAGACAAGGGGCUAUCGAAUGUAUCUACCAUUUGAUUCACGUCAUGGAAGACCAAAUCCUCCCUUAUGUGAUCUUCUUGAUUGUUCCCGUACUUGGGCGUAUGAGCGAUUCUGACAAUGAUGUCCGACUUUUGGCAACUACAGCUUUCGCAACCUUGGUAAAGCUCGUUCCACUCGAAGCUGGUAUUCCGGACCCACCAGGUCUUUCCGAAGAUUUACUCAAAGGCAGAGAUCGUGAAAGGCAGUUUAUGGCUCAAAUGUUGGAUGUACGAAAGGUUGAGCCAUUCCAAAUCCCUGUUGGUAUCAAGGCGGAACUUCGAUCUUACCAGCAAGAAGGUGUUAACUGGCUUGCCUUUUUGAACCGCUACAACCUCCACGGUAUUCUUUGCGAUGAUAUGGGUCUUGGAAAGACUCUACAAACUCUUUGCAUUGUUGCGAGUGACCAUCAUCUACGCGCGGAAGAAUUUGCUAAAACAGGGGCUCCAGAAGUGCGUCGGCUGCCGUCUCUGAUUAUCUGCCCUCCUAGUGUUUCCGGCCAUUGGCAACAAGAGAUAAAGCAGUACGCUCCUUUCAUUUCAUGCGUCUCUUAUAUGGGGCCACCGGCUGAACGAGCAAAGGUUCGACCACUCCUAGACUCCGUGGAUAUUGUGAUUACCUCCUAUGAUAUCUGCAGAAAUGACAAUGAUGUCCUUACCAACAUUUCAUGGAACUAUUGUGUGCUUGAUGAAGGACAUCUGAUCAAGAACCCGAAGGCCAAAAUCACCCUAGCAGUGAAGAGUAUCGUUAGCAACCAUCGCUUGAUCUUAUCUGGAACACCAAUUCAAAAUAAUGUCCUAGAACUAUGGUCGCUGUUCGAUUUCCUGAUGCCAGGUUUCCUCGGAACGGAGAAAAUAUUCCUUGAACGAUUCGCGAAGCCAAUUGCUGCCAGUAGGUUCAGCAAAUCGUCCUCUAAGGAACAGGAAGCAGGUGCUUUAGCGAUUGAGGCAUUGCACAAACAAGUCCUCCCUUUCUUAUUACGUCGUCUGAAGGAAGAGGUCUUGAACGAUCUUCCUCCAAAGAUUUUGCAGAAUUACUACUGUGAUCUAAGCGAUCUCCAGCGGAAACUGUUCGAAGAUUUCACCCAGAAAGAACAGAAAGAUAUCGCUAAUAAGGUCGGCAGCAGUGAUAAAGAAGCUAAGGAACACAUCUUCCAGGCAUUGCAGUACAUGAGACGGCUUUGCAACUCUCCAGCGCUGGUGAUGAAAGAGGGACAUAAACAAUACCACCAAGUCCAGAAGCUUCUUGCUUCAAAGAACUCAAGUAUUCGGGAUAUUGCCCACGCUCCAAAGCUCAGCGCGCUCCGUGACUUGCUUAUUGACUGCGGUAUUGGUGUUGAUCCUUCAGCUGAAGGGGAGCUAGCCACUGGUGCAAGCUACGUCAGCCCACAUCGUGCCUUGAUUUUCUGUCAAAUGAAGGAGAUGCUUGAUAUUGUACAAAACGAUGUUCUUAGAAAGCUGCUUCCAUCUGUCCAGUUCCUUCGUCUUGACGGAAGUGUCGAAGCAACGAAACGGCAAAAUAUCGUCAAUCAGUUCAAUACGGAUCCUAGUUACGAUGUUCUUCUCCUUACUACGAGUGUUGGCGGCCUUGGACUAAACUUGACUGGUGCUGAUACUGUCAUUUUCGUUGAACAUGACUGGAAUCCUCAGAAGGAUAUCCAAGCUAUGGACCGCGCCCACAGAAUUGGCCAAAAGAAAGUUGUCAAUGUAUAUCGGUUGAUUACCCGCGGUACUCUUGAAGAAAAGAUUCUGAAUCUCCAACGCUUCAAAAUUGACGUCGCCUCGACUGUAGUCAAUCAGCAAAACGCGGGACUAAGCACCAUGGAUACUGACCAACUCCUUGAUCUCUUUAAUUUAGGUGAAACCGCUGACUCGGCUGAAAAGCCAACACAGGAUGGAACCGGCAAUGAAAUUGACAUGGUCGACAUUGACGGCGAAGUCAAAGAAAAGGGGAAGAAGGGCUGGCUCGACGAUUUGGGCGAAUUAUGGGAUGACCGCCAAUACGAGGAAGAAUACAACCUCGACUCCUUCCUGGCUUCCAUGAAGCGUUAA